CUGCUUCGAAAUCUGUACACAUCACCUGGGCCUUCAAGGUCAGUAUCGCGUUACCUCGAUGCGGUCGCAUACAACUCUCUUCUCGCGUACCAGGGGCCAUCAACCUUCUCCUGGCCUUCUGCACAGUGCACAUACUUAUAUUGAUGGCGUACCUUUAAUGAGAAUGGGCCAUACCUGACGCAUUGACCUCCAUUGGCCUUUGACAUGAUCACUGCCUAGUGCUUUCUUUGACCUGCUACAACUUCUCAAGCGGGGCCUUUGACCAUCGAGGUAAGUUGGCCAUGUCUUUGUUCUCCGAGAGACAUAAAUAGCGGUGCGUGUGGACCUCCUUCAAUCCGUAUCCAAAUAACCAAAGUCAAUUAUCGCCACUCGAGGUUAGCUCUUUCAAUGCCUGUUCAUCGCACAGAACGUCCUAAAUCUCGAGCUCGUGGUAGAAAUAACUGUCCCUUUUGUAAACAAUACUUUCCUGGCAAAUCGCUCAAGACGCAUGUUGAAGAAAUCCAUUUGAAAGGCAGACGUCCAACUCCAGACGAUCCGCUGCAUAUAUGCACAUUUCCGGGCUGCGAUAAGUGGUUCAUCCAGCGAACCAAUCUCCAGACGCACGCAAAGAUGCAUACGGGCGUCAGGGAUAAGAUUUGCCCUCAUCUAGUUCCAAGUGAGUCUGAUUCGGGAGAGCUGGAGAAAUGCCUAUGGAAUUCCGGAGAUCCUGCGUCUCUUACACGUCACAGAAGGGACGUUCACGGAUAUCGACCCAGUCACAAAAAUUCAGUAGACCCAUGGGUUACGGAGGAGAGCAGUGAGCACCAUGGGGGAACGCUGAACUGGGAUGAGGCUCGGGGGAUACAACCCGGGAGAAGUCAAGUUAAUGCAGAGGCGAAUGGACCACGUAAGUCUCGGAGUCGGCCGUCCGGCGGCACUCCUGCUCGUACACGAAAUCGACAGUCUCCUACUGCAACGCGACCACGCCGUCCUUUCCCUACUUUACUCCUCCCGCCUGGCGCUGUUGGGGUUUUAGGUAUCCCUCCGAACCCUCGGGCUAUAGCACUGAUUCUGCAAAUGCAAGGACGUGCCCUGGACGCCGAAUCCAUUCUUGCUCAAGCUGCUGGUCCAUCCAGAAGUUCGCUCGUUAAUGUUGAUGUCCCGAAGAGCCGUUCUGCCGAAGCCCAGGUGGGAUCGUCGCCUAGAGAGCAGAGUCCAACGCCGGAGCCCUCUCAAGUGGCUGAACCCCAACAAGAAGCUCUUGUCAAUACACCGUCCCGCCUGGACGGUCUGCCGGCGCUCAAAGACAUCAGAAAGGCACGCAGUGGACGGCAGUACCGUCGAGAAGAUAAUGGGCUCCAAGUCGAAUUUCAACGUGGCGUCUGCUAGUUCAGAGCAGUGUAGCAAAUUCACAAGAGACGCUCCCUGAAUGCCCAACCAGGAAGCUGCAUUGUGUCUGCACCCUGGAUGAAACUCUUCCUCUUUCAUCGCCGUCUCAUCACAAUCUAAGUCUCUGUAUAUUUUCCGGUUCGGCGGGGAGUAUGUAUAGUCUCCCCUCGCCUAAAACGAGUUUGUGAAGGCCACAGUUUUCACUAUUUAUGCUAAACCUCCUCCCUAUUUAUCUAUGCCUAUGGUUUAUGUCAUACCAUAUCACGUAAUGCAAAGCCCAAUGCGUGGAU